AUGGCCUCCUCUUCCUUUCUUCCUUCUCUGGCGGCGGUAUACUAUCCUGGCUCAUCCACCUUCGAUGAAUUGGACCGAGAUGACCUACGCUACACCUACGGGGUUGAGGAUGACACGCAAGUGAUUAUCCCCACUGGGAUACAUCAGUUCUUCAAUCCCCCUAAUGGUUCUAGCACCUUCUUUAAAGAGCAAUUUGUGACGGGCCUUCGUCUUCCUAUCCACCCUUUCUUUUCCGACAUAUGCCGCUACUUUCGAAUUCCCCUGGGAGGUUCAACCCCUUCUUCUGAGCGAUAUGGAACUAAUGAGGUGUGGCCGAGUUAUCUUACAGAGGAGAGCACUCCCCCACUCGUCUUCGACUUCAAUCGGUGGGGCUUCACCGGCCAAUGCUCCGCCCCGAUCUGCUCGGCGAGGGUCUGCUGGUGUCCGACCUGCUCCCUUGGCUCACCCCUCUCGCCCACGUACUGCGCGUCCACCUCGGCCGACCACCCCUGCUCGCCCCGGGCUGCUCGUCCACCUCGACCGGCCGCCCCUGCUCGCCCCCGGGCUCCACGUACAGCUCGGCCUACUACCUCAACACCCCUCCAAUCGGUUAAUCCUCCCAGAGCCACUUAUAUCCCUGGUCUGGGCCUUGGUGGAAGAUGUAUGGGCCUUGGCGGAGGAACAAGCAACGUUUCCUUUGCCAGCCCCGUUUUCAGAGAGGCUUCUCAAGCAACUCGCAGGGCCCGCUCUACAAAUGACCGCCUGAGCCAGGAUGCCCCUUCUCCCUCUAGACACAGGGCUCGGUCACCCUCCGAUGAUUCUGAUUCGGAUGACCAGCCGCUGGCUCAGAGACGUCGGCGCCGAGCCUCUUGUCCGGUGUCCGACUCAGGCCCGUCGUCUAUCCCUUCUCCUCCCCCAACUGCAGCUGCCUCUCCUCCACCUCCCAGUGUGACACUGCCUCCAAUCCCGAGCCAUGUAAAUGAUCCCCCUAUUCCGUCCAAUAUUCACGUCGAGCCUCCGUUGGCUCAACCUUCCACCCAGCAACCUCAAGGCGGAGAAGCUGGGCCCUCAGAAUGCCCUUCAGUUACCCCACCUGCAGCACAUCCUCCGGGGCCUUCUUCAGCUCCCUCUGACUCAACUGCUGAUCCCUCAGCUCCUCCUGGCUUAGCCGUGGGUCCCUCAGAACCAUCCCCGCUUACUUAUCACUGUUACUAUACUAGUAUCCCUUCUGAGGGGAUGUUAUGGUCCCGAACAGAUGUUCUCACCAGCUCCCUCGAGAUAAAAGGUCGUCUAGCCACUUUAUGGGAGGAAAGCAUACAACACAUGGACUCCUUGCCUCCCUUGGCCCAGAUGGACAAAUUUGCAGAGUUGUAUAUCAAGGCUUAUGCAGAGUCUCUGGCAGUGAACAAUUCAUUCCAUGCUACUCAUCAUCAGAAUAAGGUGCUGCGGGACCAGGUUGCUGAACUGGAACUGCAAUUGAAUGAUCUUGCCCAAGCUAGCCAUCCUUUGCGGGCCGAGAUAAAAGAUUUGACCAAAAAGAAUACUAGUCUGGAAGUAUCCGUAGCGCUGGCUAACCGUGCACUUAAAGUUCUCCAGGAAGAACAAAGCCAAGUCAAUAUUGUGCACCAGCAGAGUAUAGAUCAACAAACUUUAGAGCAUCAACGAGAUAUGGAACAAUUGACUCAGAAGUUGCGUACUGCCGAGACUCUGGCGCAAGAACAAGACAAGAAGUUGAAAUCUCAGGAGGCUCAAUUGACCUCCCAAGCAGUAGAGCUGACCACGGCCCGGAAGGAACUGGCUCAGGCUCGGGCUACCACAGAGGGCGUAUCAACAGCUCUGGCUAUUUAUAGAGAUGGAGAGAACGAUCGCUGCCUAUAA